AUGGUCGCCAUCAACAUCCGUUCUCUCCUUUGCAUUCUGGGCAUUGCUUCCCUUGGCACAUCUGCGGCCGUUGACACUGCUGAUACUGCUCAGGCGUGGAGGUUGACCCAGUAUUGCAACCAGACCUAUACUGUCAAUAAUGGAGAUACCUGCUGGUCAAUUAUCGCAACGAACCAGAACAAGGUCACUAUGGGCCAGCUCCUGUGCUGGAAUACCGAUAUCAACGCACGGUGCUCGAAUCUGAUUCCCGGCACACAGGUCUGUGUUGGAGUUGAGCGUCCUGGACCGGUUUGCUAG